GUAUACAACGAAGAUUGGGGAGGGCAACGAUUGAGGGUAGUCAGUCGGCGCCCAGCCGUGGCGUCGACAACAUUCUUCGGUGGAUUCUUCGCUUGAGGAUUGAAAAUUUGAAGAAAUCUAAAUAUUAUAUUCAUCAGAAAGAUCUUUUCUCCUUCCUUGAUCUGUGUUGUCAUCAAGGGAUUGUUUUCGUCAAUUAGCUUAACUGGAGGAGGAGAUUCUGGAGAUACAUUGAUAAUGCAAAGACGAUUAUUCGGUAAUGUCUAAUGGAAGAAGAGCAACGCGACCCAUCAGGCAGCUGUCAUUGCAGCAGCCUGUACCGCGUCGACAGUACAUCAGACGGCAGAGAUCAGCGGAGGAUGAUUGCAGCAAGUCGUUACAGAUCUACGCGAAUCCAAUUGCGCGUGACAGAUUAGUGAAUACAACGGAAAAGCCCAAGUUGCGAGUUGCCUGGGGCGAUGAUCAUCGCGAUGGUUUGGCCCAGGUGGAGGUGGUGGCCCGGCAGAUUCCGAGUCGAUCUAGACCGACCACAGGUCGAUCCAACAGGACUUAUGCCACCUCGGAAAAAGCGUCGAUCCUUUACUCGCGACAGGAGCUCGCCGAGAGGCUGCGACUCGCGUGGAAGCAUCGCGAGCAGAACAAAGCGAACAUUGACAUCUUCCUGGCACAUGGCGUGGCAAUGGAGGAACGCUGCGAUUCACAGCUUUCGAUGUCUAUCCCACCGACCCCUCUCCCUCGAAAAGAGUUCGUUUCCGUCCAGGAUGUGGGAAAAGACUCACAGAAUCUGACAGUGCCUAGUAAUCUGGAAGAUGAAGAAAGGAACCGAGAGAAGGAACCAUGUAAUAUUGAUAAUAACGAUAAUAAAGUUGAUAAUAACGAAGACGAAGAAUUAUGUGAGAAAAAAUUGGAGAUUGCGUCUCGCGUGAUGGAAAAUGAUUUGUUGACGAAAGAGAGUGAGACUGCAACGGAAAGCAUGGAAAAUGAAAGAAGAAAUAACGAAAGAUCGACAGACUCGCACGACAAGUUGGAUAUCGAGGAGGAGGAAGAGAAGAAAAAGAAAAAACAUAUAAAUAUUGAUUGCACGAGUCUUCAUAUCCCAAUGACCGAUCAGUCGCAAUCGUCAACCGUUUUCUCGUCGCUGAAGCCGGAAAACGCUGGUCCAACAAAGAACAAUGACGAUUUCUCGUUGGCGAGGCAAAAGCGCGCGAGUUUUCACAGCGGUACCAAUCGCGCCUUUCUCAUACCGAUGAUAGAAAAGUCUCCGAAAGGACUGGAAACGAAGGACAAAAUCGCACCUGUGAAAUCAGUUGAAAUCAGAUGCGCAUCGGCCGAUAAAACCACGAUGAGAUCGCCGAUCGACAAAAAUAUCGCUCUCACGAGAAGCUCGUCCACGGCGAGCCUAGAAAAAGCGAAGAGGACGAAUUCCGCGCCGCCACAGAGGCGAAAUUUGACAUCCGCGACUCGUCUGCAGGUGAACAUCGUGAUCGACACGCCUGGUCUCACCGAGGCGGCGGAUAAAUCGAUCGUUUGCGAAAAAAUACAGGAUGGAAAAGAUGUCAUGGAAAAGUACGAGGAAGGCGUGGCGAAGAUAUCGCGAGAGCGAUCGAUAAAAUCGGCGUCCCUGAAGAGAAGAUCGAAGAGCGCGAAGAAACGUUACGUCACCUCGGGCCCAGGCAAGGACGAAGAUCGCGGACGAGGGAAGGCUUUUAUGGAUCCCAAAACGAGCGACGUGAUCACCAUGGUAUCGCUAGUCAGCUCGGCUGACAGCGAUAGCGAUGUAGAGAAUUCGCCAGGUGACGAUAAGCUUAUCAACGAACUGCGUAAUAAGCUGCCCACAACGUCUAUUAUCAAGACGUCUAUUAAUCCCAAUCCCGGCACAACGAGAAAACCCAUCAAAUCAGUUUCCUUUCAGAGAGACUCAUUCGAUCAGGAGCCAGUAAAAGAAGAAAAGCGAAUCAUCAACAACAUUCAACUUCCUCGUUUCGGCCACACCAUUAAUGUCACUCAUGGAAACGAUAAUGAGAAUUUGGCACAGCAGAAUGGCAGAACUAUCGAUAAUGUGAUCUCAAUUCCAACGCUGGCCAUCGAUCCCGUGCCAAUUCCACAGGAUGUCGAAACUACCGUGCCGGAGACACCAUUGACUGAUCGCGAGAAGAGAUGCUUGGCAGUGCCGAUUGGUGAUCUGCACGACAAGAAACGGAAGUUGUUACGAACGCGCAGCACACCAAAUCGUCCGAUAGUAGCGGAACGAACGAAUAAUGCUCCAGUAGAAGUAAAGGAACAGAGAAUGCCUCUCGUGAUGCCGAGAGUCGAUCUCGUCCCGAUUUCACCGAUUGAUACACCGCUUUCGAAAGUCGAAUUUCCUAAAGAGAUGUUGCUGGAGAAAGAAACACCAUCGGAGGUAAUGCCGUCGGAGCCACAUUUUCAAACGACCAAGGAAAAAGAAUGUUGGCAUCUUUACAGACGAAUGUGCGAUAAGGGUGUAUGCGUGUCCUUUGAUACUGUUCUAAGAGGGAUGCUAACACCGACGGAAUAUCGAUUGCGACAGAAAGAAUGUUCGCAAGAUUUGCGAUAAAAUUUACGAAAAUAUUAAAUGUUGUUUUGUUAUCAUAUUUAGAUACAUUUUUAAUGAAACAAUUACUCUUAUUUUUUUCUAAAAUCGAUCGAUUAUCCAGAAACAGUAAAUAACAAAACGUAAUUAAUAUAUAUAAUU